AUGGGUCUCUUCCAGCGAAAGAAGGCCGCCUUUUUGAGUUGGACUUUACUGCACAUUUCAGCGAUCAAAGCAUUCUUCCGCGCUGUUGGGCUAGAGUCAUUAGUUUUGGUACGCCAAUUCAUGAGGUCGAACACCAAAAUGGAAGGGAAGAAACCGGCGAUAAGAAAUUCGUUCUUGAUCGCGCUCGGCAAGUGUGGCGUUCAUUUCCUACCAGCGGCAGCUUCUAUUACAAUGUUGUACAUCAAUAUCAAAGGUUACUGGAUCGGCGCGCAAAUGGUAGCGAUGCAUGGAGAGAGUAGCGUCUCCAUUGCUCUUUUACAGCUGGUAGCUAAGAUGCAGGAGUUACUCAUUGUCGCCAGUCUUGCUACCGCCUUAUUCGAUAUCCUCCGCUUCGAGCUAUUGUAUGGUUCCGGCAUUCCUCUUGGCCUCUUGGGGUCUGGCAUCACGUUCACCCAGAUCAGCUACUUCUGGUCGCCAGACUUCCUAGGAGCGCUGAGGUAUGGCAUCUCUGAAAAGAAGAAAAAGAAGCUCUGCGUUUGUGUCGCCUUGCUACUUGCAGGUCUCUUAGCCACUACUGCCGGCCCAGCAAGCGCUAUUCUCAUGAUACCGCGCCAACAGGCUUGGGCAGCUGGUACCCUGGACUUCUAUUUAAACGGCACGAACAAUGACUUUUGGCCUUCUCAAUUAACGUAUGAAGGUCAAUUACAAGAUUGGGGUAUCUCAGACUGUCGGAACUUCAAAGCCACCAGCACUGCAGUGUGUCCCGCAGGAGGGUAUCAUUCACUGUGGGACCAUUUCACAGCAAGCACCAUCUAUAAUGUUAACGAUGUGCUAUACGAGGUCAACAACCCCGAUACUAGACAAGUCAGGAUGGACAUUGACAGUCCCCUCGGAUACGUGCCCACUCACACGAUAUCUGGCAACAUUAGGGGUCUAUCCUUAGAGACUUGGAUGUAUACAACGCAUGCAGCUACGGACAGACUGCAGAAACUUUUGAAUGACGUGUGGCAAUCUGAAAUCUUCCAGAUGCGCUACUCUGCCCUCCACGAUCGUUCCCGUUACGAAUUCUUCUCGACGAGUACAUCAACACUCCGAACGCAGGUUCCAGUGGUGCGAGUAGGCUGCGCUCCUGGCCAAAAUCUUUCGGAGGGGCAGACAACUAUAGAAUUCCCUGUCGUGCCGCCAUUUGAUUAUUGGAUCAACACAACAAAUUUGAGUUUACCAGAGAUUCUUCUGAAUGCACGCCGUCGAGAUCAUGCGAAGAUUACUUGGUUCGAACUUCCACCUGACUUUGGAGCCACGACUGCUGGUGCUCUUGUCGAACUUCCUUGGGAUACCUACACAUCCACUAGAGUCGCUUUCGGCUGCUCGAUCGAUGCGCGAUGGACCGAUGGUAUCAUUUCCUACGAUGGCCAAGCACCACAUGAGGCUCAUAUCUUACAUACUCGUCCAAGCAAAAGGGACAAAGAGUAUUUACCGGAUAGCAACCAUUGGAGAAGGAUCGCAGUAGAUGCAGAUUGGCUCGCAGCUCUCACUCCUCCUGUCCCAAAAACCGGCCCAGGAUACGAGCCGUGGGACCCUUCCACCAUAGAAAGCAUCUUUCAUGCUACUGGUCCCACAACAUGCGCCUUUUCUCAGAAAAACUUGUCAGCGCACAAUCAAACCUAUAAUUGGAACCACCAUAGCCCUUCAGCGAUUACUUUCACUGAAUACGUGUUGGCCAUAGUAUUCGCAGAUGGUCUCUCUCGCGUAGGCAGUUUCCGUGCCUUCAACACCACUGUGUCGCCAAUAACUUCGUGGCUGGUACAGAACUACACCAACAUCCUCGACGACCGUAGUCUGAGGCCCCGUCGCCAUUCUACAACCCUGCCGAGUCUCCACGCAAUGAAGGACGACCCAAAAGCCAUGUACAAAUUUCGGCUCUUUGCGAUGUGA